AUGACAGCAAUAAUGAUUAUGUGUUUUGUGGUAACCGAAAGCCAAUAUCUUGGAUUUCAGAAUGGCGUCAAUCUUCAAUUUUCGUCAUCUACAACCUCCCCCUUUCAAACGAUAUUCUUAUUGUUCACAAUUUCCUGAAUUUUGUGAUAACAGGAAGCUGCUAUCUUGCUUGCAUUUCAAAAUGGAAUUAAUUAUCAAUUCCCAAGGCAGAAAUCACGAUUUCAAGGGCUUCGAUUGGGUUGUGCUAAAUUAGUGAUAGUCCCCACACAACCGCAAAAAUGAGUUCUAUAUCUUUCUUGUGCUGCAUAUUAUGUUGAACCUUUUUAGCGCUAAUUCUUAUUCGACCCACUUUAGCCCGAGAUUGUAAUACAUUUCGAUCCAACAGAAAAUUUUCUUAUAAAACUAGAAUAAAAGAGCUUAGAAGGGAAUUGAAUGAGGUGCUAUGGAAAAUACUUCCAUAAUUUUUGUUACUCUCAAGUGUUCGCUGAUAAUUUAUAAAAUUUACACGCACCUCUUCUGGCAACAACCUACAAAGUGAUCCUCAUGUUAUGUCAUUCAGGAUGUCAAGUUGAAACUAGUAGACCAUAUUGCAUACGUCGCAUUCUAAUGUUAACAUUAAACUUAGAUUGGCGUUGUCUUCCGUUGAAUGCCACUUCCAGGACGUGUAGUCAUCGAAUUGACGUACUAGAAAAUACGUCAACCGAACCCAUCCAAUAAUUCUAAACAUCGAAUCCGUUAAUCAAUCAAUCAAACUUAAUCCCACCAGACGACCCGGUUACUAAUAUACGCCAUCCCCCUGCGAGCCGGCGGCGGCCACGGCAGGUCAAUGCGAAUGUUUUGACAUCGCGUGAUUAAAUGUAUAAACUGCCGCCCGGUGGUUGGUUAGCGUUGAGUCGGAGUGAACCAAGGAUUUCUAUAAAGUCCAUGGACGCUGCUCGCACGAACUUGGAUGGUGAUUAUUUUCACAGCGAAUCUUGCACCAAAACAAACGACCACCGGUCUAAUCGAUAGUUGAUUUGUGACAGGGCAACUAAGUGCUAAUGACGUCAAACUGCACGCCCUCGUCGUGCUAUCAUCACCAUCAAUAAGAACGAAAGGAGCUACUGUUGGGCAUAAAAAAAAUCAAAGACAUAUGAGAUCAAACUUACACACACAGACUUUUCGGAUCAUCAGCAGCGCACCACCUUUUGUUUUUUUAUCAGUUACAAAUAAACGAUCGACUCACGUCACACCGACCACGAAUUCAAUUCAAAUUGUUUCCGCGUUCAAUGAAAAGCGCAGCCCGAUGUGAUGCGGUAGCGGAUGCCAUUUCUGGUCAGUCAAAAUCGCGAUAUCACAAUUAUCAGCCGCGGAAAUUUCUACUUAUGCGCGCAGAAUUCGACCGAAUCGGAUUUUUCCAUCGAAUUCCACCUUUUGAGUCGUGACGGGAGGGUGGUAAUGCGCGCAGGUUGUUUGUGCCCGUUUGUAGUGAGGACAAGCGGUAGCGUGGUUGGUUACGAAAUAGGCACGCGUUCCAAAGUCGAGCCGCUGAAGCUGAAGUGUGAAGAAAAGCGUGGCAAUAUUUAUGGAUGAUAUAUACGAGUGAGAAGCAUCCAUAAGUGUUAGAAAUCAAGUUUGAAAAGGUCUAAAACUAUAACGAUACAACCUAGAAACGAAACACCUAGCCCUUCGUUCGUAGUCGUGGCCACUUUAAUCACCACACCAAAUGAAGAUUAUACUUAUACCAAACGUUGACGAGCCGAUCAAACCGGAAGAAACUUUAAGACUACUCAAGUUGAAUGCGGCAGUGAGUGCAAAAAUACUAGCGAAACUAUUGAAACGCUUAAGGCGGACGGGACACCGCCGAACUCCGGAAGCCAAAACGGAGGUCAUACAGGAGGCAGAGGAGGAGGAGGAGGCAGAUCGCAGAAGCAGCAGCUGCGACGACGGCGGUAUCGGCUUCGAUAGUAAAAUCAGCAGUCGGAAAAGUGCCUCCAACUCGGAUCCGACAAGUUUCGGUGAUAGCGGAGACAGUGGACCGGAGUUUAUGCGAGAGGAACUAAUGCACCAACGGAAGAUCGUACCGAUAAAGGCCAGCGGAGUUAUAAUUCACUAUAUACCACCAACUUCUGCACUCGCUGUCGCCGCCGUCCAGUGCACAGCGCAAUCAAACCGUACGAUUUUCCAUUAAACUGAUAAUCUUCCACCUAAUAUGCCGAAUAAGAAUAAAGUGAUAACGGCAAACACGCU